AUGGAUCCAGCACCCUCUGCCGUCCGUCUUGCUGUCCGAGACACCAUCCACACACUUGGGUCCUCUCAGGAUGGCAUCUGCGUCCUCGCUGCCCUGGGGUCCCUGAAGUGCUAUCUGGGUGGGCCUGAGGGUGCAGCCCUCCCCAGAGAAAAGGAGGAAUUUGCCAGGCUCCAUUACACGCCACUCCUCAGAUGCCUGGUUGGCAAGCUGAGCCCUGAUUGGCUGGAGCUACUACCCUCUGGUCAGCUGGAGGAGCUGUGGGCCAGCUUCUUCCUGGAGGGCCCAGCCGACCAGGCCUUCCUGGUGCUGAUGGAGGCCAUUGAGGGUGUUGCUGGUCCCAGCUACCGUCUGAUGAAGCUGGCGCGGCUGCUGGAGCGGUUCCUACGCACAGGCAGGAUGGGGGCGCUGAUGGGGGCGCAGUGUCGGCAGCAGGCGCAGUCCAGCUCCCCUCUGCUGCAGGAGACAUUGCUUAGCAAGGUGGCGUGUCUGCCCGACCACCUGAGCAACCGUCUGCGGCAUGAGACCCUGGACCUCUUCCUCCCCCAGGAAUACUUCCCCCUGCUCAGUGACGAGCUGCUCCGGGCGUUGCACACCGUGGCCGAUGCUCUGCGAGGUGGCGUGGACUGCUCUGUGGCCUUCCUGUCCCAGGUGCUGGGGAAAGUCUGUGUCCACGGGAGACAAAAGGAGUUCCUGAGUGGACUGCUGCCCCGCCUGGCGGCACUCACCCAGCACGAUGGCCUCUGGCAGCGUGUAUGCUGGCGCCUGGUGGAGUGUGUGCCCGAUCGGGCCAUGGAGGCCGUGCUGACGGGGCUUGUGGAGGCUGCCCCAGGGCCGGAGGUCCUGUGUCGACUGUUGGGAAACCUCGUGAUAAAGAAUACGAAGGCCCAGUUUGUGAUGAGCCGGAAGCUGCUGUUAUUGCAGCACCGGUGCACGACUCCCAUGCUGCAGAGUCUCCUGGGGUACCUGGCCUCGGACAGCCAGCGGCGGCCUCUCCUGGUGCAGGUCCUAAAGGAACUCCUGGACACAUGGAGCAGCAGCAGCGCCGUGAGACACGUGCCAGUUCCGCAGCAGCAGCACGUCAGCAAGGCCAUCCUCGUGUGCCUGGUGAACUUGAGGGAUACCGAGCUCCUGGACGUGCGAGAAGAACUGCUGGCCAGCAUGAUGGCAGGGGUCCAGAGCCACCUGGACAGCAGUCUUCUGCCAGUGCGUCGCCUGGGCAUGGUGGUGGCCGAGGUCCUCAGUGCCCGUCUGCACCCUGAGGGUCCGCCCCUCAAGUUCCAGUACGAGGAAGAUGAACUGACCCGCGAGAUGCACGCCUUGCUGGCUUCUGGGCCUGCGGACGAUGGCCCCUCCACACUGGGGUGAGGGUCUCUCCUGCGGGGCCUGUCUGCUGCACCCAUCACCACAGAAAGCUCUGCUGAUGGUAGCCGGGGUGGGGGCACACCCACCGUGCAGCCUGAGGGUGCUGACUCUGAGCUGGACAGUGAUGACGAGUUUGUCCCUUACGACAUGUCAGGAGACAAGGAAUUGAGAAGCAGCAAGGCGCCCUUGUACCUCCGGGACUGUCUGGAAGCCUUGCUGACGUCAGAGGACUGGGAACGUUGGGAAGCGUCGCUGCGGGCACUGGAGGGCCUGGUCUACCGGAACCCCUCAGCCACACGGGAGGUGAGUGUGGAGCUGGCCCAGGUACUUCUGCAUCUGGAGGAGAAGACCUGCGUGGUGGGCUUCGAAGGGCUGCGCCGCAGAGCCCUGGUCUCUGUUGUGGUCACGGAUCCAGCGCGGGUGGCAGAGUACCUGGCUGCGCAGUUCUACUCCCUCAACUACAGCCUGCGGCAGCGCAUGGACAUCCUAGAUGUCCUGACUCUUGCUGCUCACGAGCUGUCUCGGCCUGGACGCAGCAGCACUGUGCCGCCGCGGCGCCCCAUUGCUCCUGGUGACCAGGCUAAGCUGACCCUGUCCAGCUCCCAGCAGAGUAGUGAGGCCCCUGCAGACUGGCGGGCUGUGGUAGAGGAGCGGAUCAGAAGCAAGACCCGACACUUCUCUAAGGGUUCCUUCAGACUGCCCCCGGCGUGUGGCCCCAACGAGUUCAACGCUGUGGCCGGCUAUUUCUUCUUCCCCCUCAUCCAGCGCUUUGACAGGCCUCUGGUGACCUUCGACCUUCUGGGAGAGGACCACCUGGUUCUGGGCAGGCUGACCCACACCCUGGGGGCCCUGAUGUACCUGGCUGUAAACACUGUGGUGGCUGUGCCGAUGGGGAAAGCCUUGAUGGAGUUCGUGUGGGCCCUUCGUUUCCACACUGAUGCAUACGUCCGCCAGGGCCUGUUGUCGGCCAUCGCGUCUGUGCUGUUAAGCGUGCCUGCUGAGCGGCUGCUGGGGGAGCUAUCAGACGAGCUGCUGGAGGCUCGGGCCUGGCUGGCCGAUGUGGCCGAGGAUGACCCCGACGGGGACUGUAGGGCGCUGGCCAUACGGGCACUUCUGCUUGCUGAGAAGCUCAAGGACUCACUCCUCCAGCACCCUUCUCCCUAG